GAACACCAAGAAAGCCCACAGUAUCAGUUAAUAAAACACCAUCAGUAGGAGAGAGUGUAACGUUAACAUGUAGUAGUACAUCAACAACCACACCCAGUAACCACAGUCUCAGUCUGACAUACUCCUGGAAAGUUGACAACACAGACAAUCCAGGUGGCGCCAAAUAUACAUACACUCCUAGUAAGAAUAAACUUACUGUAAACAACAUUGUACAAGAGGAUGCAAAUAAACAGUUUACAUGUUCAGCUACAGAAGAUGUCACUGGCGGAUAUUCAUCUAGCAGAAGUGAUACUUUCUCAUUUGAUGUUUAUUAUUUUGACCAUCAGCGCUGGCUUGGCCAGCUAUUAGAGUUGUCUUCUGGAUGUGAUCCCAACGUUGAACGAGAUGGACCAUACCAGUCAUCAACUAAAUUAUCACCAUCACCACAAAAUUACACCAAAAAUGAAGGACAGAGUCUAAAUGAUAUCACGUGUUCUGCUAACUGCUAUCCUGAUUGCACAUACACAUGGAAUAAGACAAGACAAGGGCAGACAACCACAGCCAGCAGUACAAGUGUUUUAUCUGUAGGAGAACUACAACGUGAAGAUGCUGGAUUGUACACUUGUAUAGCACAAAAUCCUGAAAAAAUUUCAUCUCCAACAACAACAAUACAAACUCUCGUCAAUGUUAGAUAUGGACCAGAUACAGUCAGCUUAAACAUAACAUCACCAUAUGAUGUGUUAGAAGGAAAGUCUCUGAUUAUACAAUGUAAGGCAGAAUGUUAUCCUGGAUGCUCCUACACAUGUGUUAAUGUUACAAGUGGUUUAAGGAUGAAUACAACAGGUGCUGUAAUGUAUAUCGGAGCAGUUGACAAAUAUAUGACAGGAGAUUAUAGAUGCGAAGCUAAAAAUAAUGAUGAUUCAAUUUAUGUGAAAUCUGCAGAUAUUGUUGUAACGAUUAAUAUAAAAGAACAAACGUUUUUGAAAUUUUUCUACAUUGGAAGUCAUAUCAAUACGACAAUUGUUACCGUGGACGAGCUUGAAGUUGGCAUAAUAUUUACAUGUACUGUCAGUGGAGAUCCUGCUGAAAACAUCAAAAUAACUCAUCAUGGACAAAUCUUAAAAGAGGAGCAAAAUGCCAGCUCUUUGAAAUUUAUCCACAAGACAGUAAAUUGUUAUGAUAGCGGUGAAUAUAUAUGUGAAGUGAGAAAUAGGAAUAUGAAUACAUCAAGCGGAAAUGUAUCAAUGUUUGUUAACUGUUCACCACGCCCAGUACGGAAAAUUCAAGAAAAGCUCACAGUUACACUGAACGCACCUGUCACAUUGACAUUUCAGGCUCUUGCGCAUCCAGAGCCUGGUCCAAAAGGGUUUGCUUGGUACAAUUUUAGAGAAACAAGAUGGUUACAAAUUUUAACAAAUGAAGAUUUUCAUAUUUCUUCUUCGGGGUUAGAGACAAAUCUCACAAUAUUUAGCGUUUCCCAGAAUGAUUACGGACAAUAUCGUGUUACUACAAUGAACAGUAUUGGGACUUAUAAUCAAUAUUUUUCUCUCUUACAACAAGAACCGGCUUCACAACAAGUAAGAAAAGAGGAUUGUAAAGAUGGUGAUACACUGACAAUUGGUAUAGUUUUAGGAACAGUUUCUCUUAUCCUCACAAUUUACGCAACUUCAAUAACCGUUCUAUGGAAACGGAAUGUCUCCUUCAGUAAAAAUCGAAGUAGCACUUUGAUGAUGAAAAAUAUAGGCAUAGACAAUGGCAAUGAAUUACAGGGACAAACAACAUACGUCAAUAUGAACAGUUCAUCAAACUACCAGGACGUACAUCAACGCGUUGAAAGUAAAGCUACUUUUGAAGACGAUCCAAGUAAAACACAGUAUACAGAUCUGGAUGACUUUUCACGGGAUAAAGGAAAUAAUGUGUACGAGGCUAUCAAAAGAAAUUGAUAACUAAUUAAGGAGAUGACAACCAUGAGCUAUUGUAGCUCUCGGUCCAAUUCCUUUCUGCUUAAAUUGUAAAUUAUUAACAUGUAUAUAUUACCUUGAAUAAAAAUAUGUUUAAACCAAAAGAAAUUGAUACCAUUACUAUAUAAAGCAUAACUAUUAACGUUGCAUUUAUAUGCAUAGACUAUGCGUAUGACAUUUAAGACUGAUAUGCGAUUGUUGUUUUGGGUG